UUAAACUUCACAUCAAUAUCUCCUGUCUCAUAUCUCAUUAGUUAGGUGGGAUUUCAACCUCCUAAACAUGUUUCAAGACCAAGCUCCAUGCUCUGCUUUCCUGUUCUUACGGAUGGUGAGUCUAUUUCUCCUGCAAAAUUUCCAUGAAAGAAACAGAAAGGCUUCAAAUUACUCCAUGUUUGCUUCCAAAUGAGACAAGGCCUUUAGGGUGGGUGGCUUGCAGCAAUGGGUAUUAGAAAAGUUGCUGUUAUUGGUGCCUUUACGGGUUCCAUGAAGAAAGAGUCAUUGAAUGAUAUCAUAUACAGCAAAAUGGCUCUCCUCAUCAGUUCCUGUUGGUUUCUCAUCACCAAUUCUCUGAUCCUUCUGCUCCGCAUUAUAGCCAGACAAGCUUUCAGAAUAUUUAAGAUCGAGGAUAGUUCUCAGAAGGAUGAUUACAAAGUUUUGGCAAUGAAUGACUCUAGGCGUCUAGAGCUGGUGCCAAAUAUGACUGAGUUGGAGGGGAAGGAUUAUGAAUUCUUGAAGGAUAAAGAGAAACCAAGUUUCAGUUUUAAGUUUCAGUACCAAAUUUCUGAAGAACAGAGAGGAAGCAAUGAUGAACCUGUUGUUCCUAUUCCUCAAAAAGGAGGACCCAUGAUUCCUGUCACUAAGGGAAAAGAAUCAUCCAUAACCACAAACAUUAGUAAGUAUCACUUCUUGUCCGAUAAUGAUUUCAGUGAAUUUGUACAAGAACCAGAUGUCAAGACUUUCCAUGGUGAGGAGUCGUAUAUUAGCUCCGAAACAAAUUUUUUGUAUGAUAAAGAUGCACUACACAACAGGUCAGAUAACAGUCUACUGUCAGCAAAAGAUUUCCAACAAUCUGCUGUCAAAGCUGUUGAUAUUUCUGAGUUGAAUAAGCAGGGAGGGUCAGAAAAUGUGUUAUCGGUCAAAAACAAGCUUCUGAACAAGGAAAAAGCCACUAAUUCUGAGAGUAGUUCAUUGAGUGAGAAAGAAGUAGGUUUUCUGUUUUCAAAAUAUUUACAAGAACCCCAUGUGGAAAAUGUUACUACUGAUAAUCUAAAUGACAUAAGGAAGCUAGGUAGGUCAGAAGAUGUCAUAUUGAUCAAAAAGAAGCUCUUGGAGAAGGAAAUGGCUCUCAAUUCCAAGACUAGUUCAUUUGGUGAGAGAGAAGGAAUGGAUAGUGCAAGGUUCUUGUCAGAGGGUUUCUCUGGCUUUGACUCGGAGUCUGAAUCUCUUAGUCUCAGUGAUGGUUACUCAGUAAAGGACCUCACCAUGGAUUCAGACAGCGAGGCUUUUUUAUCAGAGAGAGAUUUUGUUGGGUGCGAGCACAAGUCAGAUACUACAGAAGCUUCGACGAAUACUGAUAGACAUAAAGCAGAAUUAUUGGAAAUCCACAAACUGAAAGAAGACCAGCUGCCAUCUUACUACAAUUCCGAUGCAGGAUCAGCAGAUUAUAAAGGUUGUUUUCCAAAUAUUGAGAAUGGAAUCAAUUUUAAGAACAUUCAUUCAGAUGAUGUCUGGUCAGAGAAUGGAUUGAGUAAACCUGUAUCAGAUAAAAAAGAGACGAAUGAAGGAGAGUCUGAAUCAAGAGAAGUCCGAAAGUUCAGAGAAACAAAAUGGCCUGCUUCAAAUGCAUUGCACAUAGAAUUCACUGAUUCCAGUGAUGUUGAGCAUUAUUCAAUUAAAAAUAUUGGCAGUUUUAGAAAGAGAUUGGAUGAAGUCCCCUUUGCAAAUGUUUCAGCCAACCCAGAAACUAUACUUGAGGGCCUAGAUGAAAAGGAGGCAGAAUAUUAUGCAAAGAUUCGUACUUUUGAGAAAACCAGUUUAGAGUCUUCAAACACCAGAUGUGAUGGUUCUACUGGUAGCCCUUUGAGACCAAUUCACCUUGCAGAUAAAAGGGCUGCAAUGGAGCCUGUAAGAGAAAUGGAUGAACUAGUGCAGAAAUCAGAACUUGAAAGUGAAAAGAAAUCACCAGAGAAGGGCAUAAAGAAAAGUCAAGAGAACAAUUUGAAGGAUUUGAAUGAUGAGGAUUUUGAUGAAUUAGAGUCUCUCUGGGAACACCAGGAUCUGAUAGAACAGCUAAAAAUGGAACUGAGGAAAGCGCAGGCCAUCGGACUUCCAACCAUUUUAGAAGAAUCAGAAAGCCCAAAGACAAUUGAGGAUCUGAAGCCAUGGAAGAUUGAUGAGCAGUUUCUGCAUGAGGAUCCGAUGGAUGAGUUGCAUGAGUUUUACAAGAGCUAUAGAGAGAUGAUGAGGAACUUCGACAUCUUAAACUAUCAAAAGAUGUAUGCAAUAGGCUUUCUCCAACUGAAGGAUCCCCUUCAAUCAUGGGGGCCUCAAAAACCUUCAAUUCCUACGAUCACAUCUAUUAUUUCCCAAGUUUUCUGGCCUUUUCAUCGUAAAUCCAAUGCGGAUCCAUCAGAGAAGUUCAUCAAGGAGCUCUGGAAUGACUUGGAAACAGUGUAUGUUGGGCAAACAUGCCUUUCAUGGGAAUUCCUCCGUUGGCAGUAUGAAAAGACUAGGGAACUACCAGAGUCUGAUCCUUAUAGGAGCCACCAAUACAAUCAAGUGGCAGGAGAAUUCCAACAGUUUCAAGUGAUAAUACAAAGGUUUAUCGAGAAUGAGUCCUUCCAAGGGCCGAGGCUAGCAAAUUAUGUGAAGAAUCGAUGCAUUCUUCGAAAUCUUCUUCAAGUACCAGUUAUCCAAGAGGAUUUUUUGAAGGAUAAAAUGGAGAAACAAAGAAGUGGUAAUGAUGUGAUUACAAGUGAAAGGUUAGAAGAUAUCAUGGAAGAGUCAAUUAGAAUAUUCUGGAAAUUUGUCAAGGCAGACAAAGAUGAUACUCCAGCGAUCUUAAAGGGUAUAGUGGGAACUAAGGUUGAACUUCAAAACCCAUCAGACUAUGAACUUAUGAUGGAUAUUGAAGCAAUUUUGCAGAAGAAAGAGAAGAAAUUAAAAGACAUUCUGAGAACUGGCAAUUGCCUAGUCAAGAAGUUCAAAAAGCCAAAAGAGGACCGAUCCAAUCUAGACCUUUUCUUCUCUCAGAUAGACCUGAAGUUGGUAGCAAGAGUAUUAAAAAUGUCCAGAAUUACAACUGAUCAGCUGGUGUGGUGCCAUAAGAAACUAAAUAAGAUAGCUUUUGUAGAUAGAAAGAUCCAUAGGGAGCCUGCAUUUUUGCUAUUUCCAUGUUGGGAUUGACGCUAUUCGAGUAUAAGUGUAAUUUGCAUGAUCUAGGAGGACCGGGUUUAUCAUAUGCUGUUCUCCACAUAGGUUCUUCAGGGUUCAUUACUGUGAUAAUAAUGGACCUUUGUUUAGAUUGUUAAUUAACUAACUAUAUUUCAUUUAUUUGUAUGAACAAAGCUUUUUCCCCUAAUGUUAUUAGUUAGAUGGUGGCAUGCACU